AUGUUUUUUUGCGGAGACGUUGCCGAGAGCGAGAGCGGCGCGUCGCGGCGGUCCGGGCACCGGCGCGCGGACUCCUUCGACCUGCGGGCUGCCGUCAAUUUGCCGGAGUUAACGAACCGCAGGACGCAGGAAGACGUUCGGAGGCUCGUCUACCGCUUCAAACAGAGAAUCGAAGACGUGCCGGGUGCGCGCGAGCGGCUCCUCCACUUUUGGCGAGACGCCGAUUUUCAAGAGAGUGUCCUCGCGUCCCUCGCGCACGACAUUCCUCGCGACGGAGAUCCCCUCGCAACCGGCCCUCAGGAGACGUCCGGAGAGCGACGGAACCGAGGCUCCAGCUCGAGGCGGAGGAAAUUCCAAGACCGGAGCUUCGGCGACUGCGUCCUCUGGCUAGGACUCGUCAACAGACACAACAGAUACGCCGCCAUCGAGCUGAAACUCCCGGAGACUUUCGAUCCCUGGGUGACCUACGUGAACCGCCUCAUGGUUUACUUGUUUGCGGAAAUCCCCGGCUACCGCGGCCCAGACGAUUUCCACCGUCUCUGCGCCGUCUCGAUGAAUGAGCCAUUUCCAAUGAAAUGCCACAAUCCAGGUCACAUCGAUUUCCAGCCCCGCAACUCCCCACAGUCUUCGGACUCCGACACAGACGACACGGACGAAGACGAAGACUAA